AUGCGUAAGCACAAAACCCAUCCACAAAACGUUAAGGUGCGGCUUGUAAUUGACGAAGGACAAGACAAGCCUGCGACUGUGUCGGUUGUCUCCCUGGCAGACGCCAUCGAAGUAUCGGUAGAUCGCAUGACAGAUCUUAUUGGAACUUCGUUGGACUCGAAUCCACCUGUGAUUCGAGUAACCGCGCUUUCGAAACUUGAGUAUCGACAGCAACAGUCACAGCAGAAAGGAAACGCCAAGUCAAAAAAGCAAACCAAGUCAUUUCGAUUUCGAUCUGGUAUUUCUGAUCACGACUUAGAACGCAAGCUUGAGGCCAUGACAAAGUCACUGGAGAAGGGGCUUGAAUGUGAUUUUUCGGUAUUUACUCGUGCUCGCCGUUUACAACAAAAUAAAAAUAUUGGGUUUGAGCUCGUCGAAAGAAUACAGCUGCUCGUUGCUGAAUUCGGCCAAACAAAAGGCAAGCCACAAGUAAACGAAUCCGGAACUUUUGUCCGGGUGAAAUUAAUGCCAAACAAAAGGAAUGGCUGA